GUGGUGGUGUAGUGUUGUGUUGUGUAGUGUCCUCAAAGCAAACAUGGUUUCAACGAAGUCUUUGGUUCGGAACAUGGGGCUUUCUCUCCUGUUGGUGUUCUGGUGUCUUUCUAUCAAUCUUUCACCUGCCUUGGCUGCGGAUCCCCCUUCUAAACACUCUAGCAAAGCCGCCCCCCAUCCUCCUCCGAUGCCCAAAUCUCCAAAAGCCGCCGGUAGCGCUCCUCAGCCUCGGAGUUUCGGUUACGGGGGAUACGGUGGCUAUGGUGGAGGGCACGACUUGUUCGACCGCGGUUUCGGCGGUGAAUUCCUUCCCAUUCUGGCGGUCAUCGGAUUCGCCGUGAUCUUCCUCCCGAUUUUCGGCAUCCUCAUGGCUUCACUCAGCCAAUUUUCGGCCCCAAUCGGUUUCCCACUAAACCAGGCAGUCACAACAGCAACUGUUGCAGGCCGACGCAAGCGCGAGGCCAAUGACGAAACCCUCCUCAAGCUUCUAAAGGGAUUCGAUAAGUUCUACAAAGGUUUUGCGAAAAGUCAAUAA